CUUGCGUCACGAGAAGGUUGUGUCUGGAGGAUCUCCUUAGCAUCCCGUAGAGCAGGCUGCCUGAAGUGGAGCCCGGCGCAGGAGGCGGGACCCUGAGCUUCCCUCGGAGAGUACAACACCGAAGAGGAAAAAUGGCCAUUGUCCAUCUAGAAGGGAAGUUUGAGGCUUUCCUUCUGAACUUGUCUUCAAAAUAGCACACCAAGGGAUCAGCAUUGUGUCAGUGGGAAAUGAGUGAGACAUUCGAAAACUGUAUACCUAAGACUAAUUCUAUAAAAUAUUUGGAAGUCAGAGUUAGAGAGGGAACAAGAAAAUCAGAAGGAAUAUUACAAGCAAGAGAUGGUAACACAUGACAAAAUGUCUGUUUUCUGCCCAGGCAUGCGCCUACCUCAGCAUCCACGGGGUUACUCUACAGAGAAGCCCUAUAAAUGUGAGGAGUGUGGGAAAGCCUUCAGGCGAGCCUCACACCUGUCCCAGCAUCAGAGUAUUCACACUGGUGAGAAACCAUAUGAAUGUAAGCAGUGUGGGAAGGCCUUUAGUCGUGAUUCCCAGCUAAGUCUUCAUCAGAGACUUCACACCGGUGAGAAACCCUACAUAUGCAAGGAAUGUGGAAAGGCUUUCACUCAAAGCUCACAACUUAUUUUGCACCAUAGAAUUCAUACAGGUGAGAAACCAUACAAGUGUGAAGCCUGUGGGAAAGCCUUUAUUCGAAGCUCACAACUCAGCCGCCAUCAAAAGGUCCACACUGGAGAGAAACCCUUUGAAUGUAAAGAGUGUGGGAAGGCCUUCACCCAGAACUCACAACUUACUCUGCACCAGAGACUGCACACUGGUGAGAAGCUUUACGACUGUAAGGAGUGUAGGAAGGUCUUUACUCAGCUCUCGCAGCUUAUUCUCCAUAGAAGAAUCCACACUGGCGAGAAACCCUAUGAAUGCAACGAGUGUGGGAAAGCUUUCAUUUGUGGCUCACAGCUCUCGCAGCACCGGAAAAUCCACAAUGGAGAAAAGCCGUAUGAAUGUAAGGAGUGUGGAAAGGCUUUUAUUCGAGGCUCACUACUUAUGCAACAUCAAAGAAUUCACACUGGUGAAAAACCCUAUAAAUGUGACGAGUGUGGAAAGGCUUUUAUCCGUGGUUCCCAGCUCACUCAACAUCAGAGGGUUCAUACUAAUGAAAAGCCUUACGAAUGUAAAGAAUGUGGGAAGACCUUCAGUCACGGCUCACAACUAACUCAACAUCAGAGAAUCCAUACUGGUGAGAAGCCCUAUCAAUGUAAGGAGUGUGGGAAAGCCUUUAAUCGCGGGUCACUCCUUACUCGACAUCAGAGGAUUCACACCGGUGAAAAACCCUACAAAUGUAAAGAAUGUGGAAAAAAUUUUAGCCGGGGCUCAGAACUUACUCAGCACGAGAGAAUCCACACGGGUGAGAAGCCCUAUGAGUGUAAGGAAUGUGGAAAGUCCUUUAUCCGUGGCUCCCAGCUCACUCAGCAUCAAAGAAUCCACACGGGUGAAAAACCGUAUGAGUGUAAAGAAUGCCGAAUGGCCUUUACUCAGAGUUCACAUCUUUCCCAGCAUCAGAGACUUCAUACCGGUGAGAAACCCUACGUGUGUAGCGAAUGUGGGAAGGCCUUUGCCCGUGGAUUGCUGCUCAUACAGCAUCAGAGAAUUCACACUGGCGAGAAGCCGUAUCAGUGUAGCAAAUGUGGGAAGGCUUUUAUCCGCGGUUCCCAGCUCACUCAACAUCAGCGAACUCACACUGGAGAGAAGCCUUAUGAAUGCAGGGAAUGUGGGAAGGCCUUUGGUCAUGGCUCUCAACUUACCCUGCAUCAGAGGGUCCACACAGGUGAGAAGCCCUAUGAAUGUAAGGAGUGUAGAAAGGCCUUCACUCAGAGUUCACACCUUUCUCGGCACCAACGAGUUCAUACUGGCGAGAAACAGUAUCAGUGUAAAGAAUGUGAAAAGGCCUUUACACAUGAGUCUCAACUAAUGCGACAUCAGAGAAUUCAUAUCAGUGGCAAAUCUUUGGACUGUAAGGAAUGCCGAAUAGACUUUAAUCAUCAUUCGCAAAUUUUUAUAUGAGUUAACUUAUACUCUGCUAAUUAAUGUAGCUUUCCCUGGUCAUACAUUAUCAGUGAAGAGUUCUUACAAAUGUGAAUAUGGGACUACGAAUUCAGCAUUUGAGAAUUUAUGUAGGAGAAUAGAAAUGCUGAUGUAAUCCACAUAGGAAAACCGUUUGUUUACAUGUUUACAUUGUAUUACAUUUUAGCAAAUUAAAAUAGGAAGUGAUUCCGUUGCUGUGAUAUAGAAGGUCUUUAGCAGAGAAAAUGUCUCUAUCACAUUACACAGGUCCUAUCAGAUGGUUUCCUUUGUUACAUUUGUUAUGACUAACCUGGCUUUCAUUUAACCAUUUGUAAUAUAGAUAUAAGAUUCUUCUAAAGAUCAUGUUUUAACAUGUAAAAGCACUUGGAUCAGCUCCUUUCAUAUCAUAAAUAUUAGCUGCUAUUUUCAUUAUUUGCAUGAAAGGAGGGAACUUAUAAGCAUUCUCAUUAAGAAAUCUUUCGUUAUUAUUUGGGAGGCUUUAUAUACUAUUAUCAGUGUGAGAAUGCUUCCAUUCAAAUCUUAUUUAUUAUAGAAGGGAAUUUAUACUAAAAAGAAGCCUUGGUAUCAGUGGGUUAUUGAGUACCAUGGUUACAGAACUGAUUUGUCACAGAGUCCCAAAGCUUACAUGUUUCACUAUCUCUAACUGCAACUCAAGAAUCUUACUUAUUCAUGAUGAACUAAGUACUCAAGACAAAUCUAGGAAAUGAAAAAACCUUGAAUGUGUCGUUCUGUGAACUAACCUGAAAGUACAAAGUAGACAACUUAGAAUAAAAAACAACACAUGA